AUGCGGCCUCCCAUCGCUCUCCACCUCGCCACGCGCUCUCCCCCCGCUUCCUCUGUCGCUUCCUCGCUUCGCCGCCGCGCCACCAGGGAUCUUCGAGCUACCGCGGCGUCCGCGAGCGCCCCUCCGGCGUCUUCUAUGUUGAGAUUCGGUCCGGCGACGUUCGCCUCGGCGUCGGCACGUUCUAGACCGCACGAGGCCGCCCGCGCGUACGACGCGGUGGGGUGGCGCCUCGGGAGGCCUCGCCCACAGAUGAACUUUCAGGACGUCUGGACGUGCGAGCAGGCGCAGGCCGUCGCUCCUCCGCCGCGGAUAAUAACUGACGCCGACCGUCAUGAACACCGUCGGCGGCAGCGCCGCCUCCUCAUCGCCGAGGCGGACAAGCGAGCCAUGGCGGAGUGGCGCCAGCGCCACCCGGAGGACGUCGCCAACGAGCAUGCCUUCUGGGCGGAGAAGAGGGCAAGGCAGCGCGCAGAACGGGCGGACAGGCGUCGUCGGAAGGCACUGGCGAUAUCGUAG